AUCUACGUGUCCACUGACGGUUGACACCUUUAAUCAGCAUGAUGGAAAGAAGCCUGAAGAAUGUUCUUGUGGUUUCUUUUGGAUUUCUGCUUCUCUUUACAGCCUACGGAGGUCUGCAGAGUCUGCAGAGCAGCCUGUACAGUGAGGAAGGCCUGGGGGUGAUGGCGCUCAGCACGCUGUACGGUGGGGUGCUCCUGUCUUCCAUGUUCCUCCCACCACUCCUGAUUAAGAAGUUUGGCUGCAAGCGGACCAUCGUCAUCUCCAUGUGCUGCUACGUGGCCUUCUCCCUGGGCAACUUCUACGCCAGCUGGUACACCUUGAUUCCCACCUCCAUACUGCUGGGUCUUGGAGCAGCCCCACUGUGGUCCGCUCAAUGCACGUACCUCACCAUCAUGGGAAACACACAAGCAAAGAAGGUGGGAAAAGUUGGCAGAGAUGUGGUGAACCAGUAUUUUGGCAUCUUCUUUCUCAUAUUCCAGUCAUCCGGUGUGUGGGGCAACCUGAUCUCAUCCCUGGUGUUUGGCCAGACGCCCACCCAAGAGGCCAUCCCAGAGGAGCAGCUCCUGUCUUGUGGGGCCAGUGACUGCCUGAUGGCCGCAGCGUCCACCAACAGUACCCAGCGUCCCUCGCAGACGCUCAUCUACACCCUGCUGGGCAUCUACACGGGGAGCGGCGUCCUGGCGGCCCUGCUCAUUGCCGCGUUUCUCGAACCCAUCAAAGAUGUUCAGCAGGAAAGUGAAGGAGAGAAGAAGUUACCUUUUUGGUCCACCCUGUUGUCCACCCUCAGGCUUCUUUGAGACAAGCGCCUGUGCCUCGUGGGGCUGCUGCCCCUGUACAGCGGAUUCGAGCAAGCCUUCCUCACGGGCGACUACACCAGGUCCUACGUCACCUGCGCCCUGGGGAUCCCCUUUGUCGGGUACGUGAUGAUCUGCUUCUCGGCCACCAACUCGCUGUGCUCCGUGCUGUACGGAAGGCUCUCCCAGCACACGGGCAGAAUCGCUCUCUACGCGCUGGGCGCGGUCACCCACCUGUCUUGCAUCAUUGCCCUCUUGCUGUGGAAACCUCACCCCCACCAGCUGGCUGUGUUCUUCGUGUUUUCUGGCCUUUGGGGCGUGGCCGACGCUGUCUGGCAGACACAGAACAAUGUUCUUUACGGCAUUCUGUUCGAGAAGAACAAGGAGGCUGCCUUUGCGAAUUACCGCCUGUGGGAAGCGCUGGGGUUCGUCAUUGCGUUUGGAUACAGCACAUUCUUGUGCGUCAACAUCAAACUCUACAUCCUCCUGGGAGUCCUGAGUCUGACCAUGGUGGCGUAUGGGGCUGUGGAGUACCUGGAGGCCAAGAACCUGGCCAGGCCAGCUGCCUCAGAACAGACAAAGCCAGCGGAGGGGGCGGAAGCAGAGACAGCCAUGUGACGGGGUGUCACAGAGAGCUCUACCCAGCGGGCCUCAGGCUUUAUAGCUGAUUCUUCACAACGGUGUCAGCAGUAUUUAGCUGUCCUGAAGACAUAACAUAGAUAUAUUUUUUUGUAAAAUUUUUUCCUAUUCUAACAAGUUUUCAGUCUACCAUGUGGAGAUGGAGAGCAUGCAGGAAGGAAUCCAUUCAUGUCAGACACAAAGGAAGAAAGUUGAGUGCAUCGUCAGCCAACGGCAAGUUGCUUAGGUAGAACCAAGAGCUCCCCCCUGUUGUACUCGUUGUUGUUGUUUGUAAGAAUCGGAAGGAUGUGAAAAUAAUCAGUCGGACACUCUAAUUUUACAAAUGGGUAAAUGACAC